GUGGGAAGGGAGAGACCAUAUAUAGCCAUUGCUGAGGCAUCUCUUUUGACAGAGUUUGCUGUACUUGAGAAACUGAGGAGAAAAGAAAGGGAAUUGCUUCUAAACACAAGAUAUCAAAGAGAUAGCAGCGAUGACUGAACCAACAGCUGCUGAGAGACAGAAGAAAAAAGUGAUUCCCAGUGGCCUGAGUGGGCGAAGAGCACUCCCACCUAAUGUCUCCAAUGAAGAGGAAGAUGAGGUUCCUACCAUGGAGACGACUGGACUUGUGCCAAGGGGAUUUAAGUUGGAAGAUGUCCUGGAAGUCCUGGAAGUCCGCACCUUCAACCGUGAACAUGAAAUUAAUAAAAAGGAGCACCAUACAGACAAGUACUCCAACCAUAAGCUGAUUGUGCGCCGAGGCCAGCCAUACCAUAUCCAGAUUUCUUUCAACCGCCCUUACAAUCCAGAAAAAGACACAUUUUGGAUUGAAUAUUUAAUAGGGCGAUACCCACAACAAGCCAAAGGCACCUACAUCAAAGUCCAAUUGGUCGAAAAACUGCAAAGUAAGGAAUGGGGUGCCAAGAUCACCCACAGUGAUGGGCAGUUUGUAGCCCUGAAUAUCAUGCCAGCUGCAAACUGCGUUGUGGGGAAAUUCCGCAUGUACAUUGCAAUCUCGACUCCAAUCGGCAUUCUGAGGACGAGACGAAACCCAGCCACAGACACAUAUAUACUGUUCAACCCCUGGUGUACAGAGGAUCUCGUUUAUCUGGAUGAUGAAAAACAAAGGCAAGAAUAUGUCCUGAAUGACCUUGGGGUUAUUUUCUAUGGAGACCCUGAAAAUAUCAGAUCCAGAAGCUGGAAUUAUGGCCAGUUUGAAGAGGGUGUUUUGGAUGCUUGCCUAUACGUGAUGGACAGAGCAGAACUGGAUCUUUCAGGCCGAUGGAAUCCACUGAAAAUCAGUCGUGUGGGCUCUGCAAUGAUUAAUGCUAAAGAUGAUGAGGGUGUGAUUGUCGGGUCAUGGUCCAAUGUUUAUGAUUACGGAGUUGCACCAUCAGCUUGGACUGGCAGUGUGGACAUCUUGUUGGAGUAUCACAGUUCCAGAGAACCAGUACGAUAUGGCCAAUGCUGGGUCUUUGCAGGAGUGUUCAACACAUUUUUGAGAUGCCUGGGGAUUCCUGCAAGAGUUGUCACUAACUUUUGCUCAGCUCAUGACAAUGAUGCCAACUUGCAGAUGGAUGUCUUUGUGGAUGAAAAUGGAAAGGUGGAUUCCAAACUCACAAAAGACUCAAUCUGGAAUUACCACUGCUGGAAUGAAGCUUGGAUGUCCAGACCUGAACUUCCUGUUGGUUUUGGAGGCUGGCAGGCUGUGGAUAGCACCCCUCAAGAGAACAGUGAUGGCAUGUAUCGAUGCGGUCCUGCUUCUGUUCAAGCCAUCAAGCACGGCCAUGUCUGCUUCCCAUUUGAUACACCUUUUGUUUUUGCAGAGGUAAACAGUGAUGUUGUAUACUCAAAAGCAAUGCAAAAUGGAGUUAAACUGGUUCAACAUGUUGACAAGACCCAGAUUGGUAGAUUAAUUGUAACAAAAGAAGAAGGCACAGAUAAGAUGAAGAUCAUCACUGAGCAAUACAAAUUCCAAGAAGGAACUGAGGAAGAGAGACUUGCUCUGGAGACAGCCCUGAUGUAUGGUGUUAAAAAAAGCAUCCCCCAGGAUGUCACAUCCACUUUGGAGGUCAAUAUGGACUUUGUGGUGGAAGACCCGACUCUUGGCAGCGAUUUCAAUGUCACGAUUACUUUCCAAAACAAUACUCAGAGCCGUUACACUGCAACAUCCUAUCUUUCUGGCAACAUUGUAUUUUAUACCGGUGUCUCAAAGAAUGAAUUCAAGAACCACAGUUUCAAUGUGACACUGGAACCAAUGAAAGCUCAAACUGUCGAGGUGCUAAUCAAGUCGAGCGAGUACAUGAGCCAGUUGCUGGAACAAGCCUCCCUGCAUUUCUUCGUCACAGCCCGUGUCAAUGAAACACAAAAAAUCCUGGCCCAGCAGAAGAGCGUAGCUCUGAAAAUCCCCCAACUGCUCCUUAAGGUUCCUGGAGAGAAAGUAGUUGGUAAAGACAUGGCAGUGAUUGUGGAAUUCACCAACCCAUUGAAAGAGGACCUCAACAACGUCUGGGUUCGACUCGAUGGGCCUGGUCUCCUGAAGCCAACCUCAAAAUUGUUCAGAGAGGUUCCAAGGAAUUCAACCUUGACCUGGGAAGAAAAAUGCCUUCCAAAGCGAGCUGGCCUCCGAAAACUGAUUGCAAGCUUGAAUUGUGAUGCUUUACGGCAUGUCUACGGGGAGCUGGACAUCAAUAUUCAGAGUGCUGUGUAAAGCUUUUUAUCUAUCUUUCUUUCUCAUCUUUCCCUUUCAGUAUUUCAGGAAUUUGAUUACAGAAAAACAUAGGCUAAAAGCAUUAUUGCAAGAGUCAUAAUCACAUUAUAUAUACUUGAUUAGUAUUUUGCUGUUUAACUGUUUGUAACCUGCUGCACACACACACACACACACACACACACACACAAACAGAAACCACUCUUAUAUUCCCCACAUUUUUAAAAAAGUAGGCCACAAUCAAUUGGAUCUACUUCAUAGAAAGGGAGGAGAGAAUCAUAAGAAUGCAAUCUUUCAUGGAUUAUGUCUGUAGUUUGAGGAUUUCCAGCCAAGGCAACAUUUGCCCUGAUUUCAUUUACAAUUAGCCAUCUGCAUCCAAAGAUUCUUUAUCCACAAAUUCAACCACCCAUGGCUUGAAAAUAUCUUCUCUUCCCAAAUCCCCAAAAGCAAACUUUGAUUUUGGCAUUUUAUAGAAGGGAUACCAUUUUACUAUGCCAUUGCAUAUACAGUAGAGUCUUGCUUAUCCAACGUUCUGGAUUAUCCAAUGCAGUCUACCUCCUACCUGGGAUCCACAAUUGUUUCUAUAGGCAGCAAGGACUGAAUUUCUUAUGAAUUUAACUUCUGACAAUGUUGUUACUGCAAGUUCAUUUUAUGCAGUUCUAUCUAUUUGUAGUCAAUUUGUUAGUAGUCAAUGUUUUUAUAGUCAUUGUUUUCCAUUCAUUACGAUGUUUUGGUGAUAAAUUCGUAAAUACAGUACUUACUGCAUAACAUUACUGCUUUUUCUGUCUAUUUGUUGUAAAACAUGAUGUUUUGGUGCUUAAUUUGUAAAAUCAUAAUGUAAUUUGACAUUUAAUAGGCUUUUCCUUAAUCCCUCCUUAUUAUCCAACAUUUUUGCUUAUCCAACGUUUUGCCGGCCUGUUUAUGUUGGAUAAGUGAGACUCUAUUGUAAUGGGAUUGAUCACCCAUGGAUAUUAAUAUUAUUAAUAUAUUAUUAAUAUCCAUGGGAGGGAUUCUGAAAGAAAACCCAAGUAGAUACUAAGGUCUCACUGUAUAUCUUUCUGUUUCUCAAAUCUCUGUAUAUAUAUGCUCUCUUCGUCAUUACAUUUCUUUGAAGGAGAUUAGUCUGAGGAAGAAUGAGUGGACCAAGAAGAUAAAUGAAAUUCCUGUCCUAGUAGAGAUUUAAAUCCAAAUCUCCCAAAUCACAGCAUAACACUCUAACCAAAAAAUGGGAAUUGUGUGCCAUGUGGACUGAAUGCACCCUCCUAAAGGCCUCCCAUAUGGUCUGCAGACAUCCAAGGACUCCUAAGCUCUUCCCGUCUCCCUGUAAAAGAGACAUUUAAAAGUUCUUUCAAUCUUCCACUGCUCAAACUAGGCUUUUUAAAUUUUCAAAUUUUCAUAUUUGUAUUACUUCAACAAGUAAUACAAAUUCUGGUUUUAAAGAGUACACUCGUCCAAGGUUUCAUGUUUUGUGAGAAUGGGGUGGACUUCAAUGGCUGACCAUCCCUUAUUUAAUAAUCCUAUCACACUUGUGAUGUGGUAUUUGUCACAAAUUCGUUAUUUAAAAUCUCUGCUGCUUAGAAUUUGCAGUGAGAUGAAUAUAUACAUAUCAAAUACAGAAGUAAACCAGAAUACCAAUACCAACUCCAAAAUAUUUCAAGGCACAAACAGUGCUCAAGAUUAGAUAAAGUUAGUUCAGUGAAAUAACAAGUCAUAUUGUUCAGGUUUGCUCAUAUGUAUUUUUGAUCUUUUAAUUUAAAACUAUAAGGGUUCUGAAAGGUCCAAAUCUCUGGAGUAUGCUACAAUUCAUUUUUAAUUAUGGCUUGAUAUUUCAGUAUUUUUCCACCUAAGAUAAAAAUUGCCAAGUAUCAUGAGAGACUAUCAUAUUAACAAGGUGGCUGUUAUCCCAAAAUAUCUCCUAAAAACACUCCUUUAUGGGGGAGAAAUGGAUAAAUGCAUUUUUGUUUUAAGAAAGCCCUAAUACUUCAAGAAUUUUUAAAUGAGCCAAAAUGCUCAUAAUUUUGCUCAGUUUUGGAGAGAAAACUUGGAAGUUCUUCAUUUUUUGCAAACAAUAAUGAGAAAAUGAAGAUGUAUAUUUUUACUCAUGAGUUGUUGGCCUUAAAUAUUUAUUACCAGAGUUAAAUAAGUACAUCAUUGUACUUCUUGGUAGAACAUAAUUUAGACAAUUAAUAAAAGCCAUCAGUGACACAUGUAAUAAAAAAGUGGUAAUGGAAACACUGUCAUGACUUUCCCAUUGCUCAAUAUAUUUGUCUGGUUUAGAAAAAAGAUUAAACUCUAGGAUUUGGUAUCUGUGCUCUGAGAUCCCUGUAUUCAGUUACAAGCUCUUUCUCAGUCAAAGGGUUGAACAGUCAACUAAAAUCUUGUUAAUGCAUUCCAAUAGCAUAAACCAGGAACCCCGGUGGCACAGUGGGUUAAACCCUUGUGAACUGCUGACCUGAAGGUUGGGUUGCUGAAGGUUGCCGGUGAGUUUCCUUCUGUCAGCUCUAGCUGGUGGGGACGUCUCUGUAGACGGCCAAUUCUCUCACACCAGAAACAACUUGUAGUAUGGGUUGCUGUGAGGUUUCUGGGCUGUAUGGCCAUGUUCCAAAAGCAUUCUUUCCUGGCGUUUCACCUGCAUCCUUUCAUGGCUGUUGCUUCAUGGAGAUAAGCAUUCUUUUACAGCCAAUAAAAUCAACCACAGAGGCCCUCCAAGGUCCAGAGAAAAUCUCUGAGGUUUCCAGUUACUGUCUAGCUAAAGUGAAAUAGUGAGAAAUGUCUCUGCUGCUUCCUGUUCUUGUCACUAAUAUGGGAAUGGCUAUCUUGCUGUAUUGAAUAGGUGGGGUUUGGGAGAUUGCACCAAAUGCUGUAUUGCAGCUAUCGUGUUUCCCCAAAAAUAAAACAGUGUCUUAUAUUAAUUUUUGCUCCCAAAGAUGCGCUAGGUCUUAUUUUCAGGGGAUGACUUAUUUUUCUAUGAAGAAGAAUUCACAUUUAUUGUUGAACAAAAAAAUGAACAUUUAUUAUAUACUGUACAGUAGUUGUUAUCACAAACCAGCAUAACCAGACAAACUGAAUCCUAUCAAGAAUUUCUUGUUACUACCAUUAUUUCUAUGUACAACACUCUAUGGUACGUACAUUUCCUGAUCCUGUAUGCUCUGGUGUUCUGUUCGUUGGGCAUGCUUCCAAACAAAAACUUUUCUAGGUCUUACUUUCGGGGGAGGCCUUAUAUUUAGCAAUUGAGCAAAACCUCUACUAGGUCUUAUUUUCUGGGGAUGUCUUAUUUUAGGGGAAACAGGGUACACACCAAAGAUACAUCUGCAAGCCUAUGCAUUAAAAGCAAGAAACUUCUAGCCUUUGGGGACUUCAUUUAGCUUUCAAUCAUUAGUCAAUAUGGUUAUGGAAGUGAUCUUCCAAAACAUUUGGUGGAACAAAGGUCCCUCUUUACAUAUACAUGACUACCACCUAGAUAUAACUGCAUUGAGUUCAGUGUAGGAUUGAUAGGAGAAACGAGGGACAAGGCUCCUUGCCUUUAGUUGUGCAGAUGAGGAUAUUCCAGUAAGUGUUGCUUGUUACGUAACCAUUCAAGGGACAAGUGUCCUGUCUUUUAUUUUACAUGAUAACCCUAUUUCAGUGGGACUUACAAGAAAAUAUGCAUAGCAUUGGCAUUGAAGCUGCUUUCUUGAGAUAACGUCUUAACUAAAAUGUGUACUGUUAAUGUAGUUUGCAUAUGCACUCUGCUUUAUGUUAUUUUCACACAUUACGUCUUCUGCUUUUCACUUUUGUGUGGAAGGAGAGCCUUCUGUGGCUUAAAAACCUGUGUUUGUCUCAUUAAUCAACCAAAAAUAAUGCAAUAAAAUAUUGUUUUACUUGUG